AUGGGGAAUACAACCAGCAUCCCAGAGAGAGCUGAAGAAGACAACACAUGCACAAUAAAGAGCUAUCAGGCUCUAUCUGAAUCUCCUGACAAUAUCAAGAAUGGAUCUGUUACAUUUGUUCAAGCUCAUAGUCCUGCGAUGAAUGGUGAAGUGGAUGCAAAGGCAAGUGUUGCACAGGAUAAUGUGGCCGUUUCUUCCCCCAAGACAAUGGAGCAGAGCCUUGGGAGCGCUGCCAGCAGAGCUCUGCCAUCUGCUAAACCCCGCUCUGUCUUCGCAUUUGCCUGGUCUGUACCAGGGCGUACCGAAGAUCCAGCUACAGAUUCAUCAGUUGGAGCAGGGAAACUUGAUGUCAGCUCGGAGGCGCCCGGAGUGAACAAAGCACCAAGUGACAGCGCAGAGGUUCCCCCGGCAGCUGGGUGGGAGGAAGGAGCACAUAAAAACCUGACCCAGGCCCCAGUGGCACCAUCCCUGCAUGACAUCGGUCUCGUGGCAUCGGUGACACCUGAGGGAGAGGAUUCAGCUGCCUCAAAGCCAAAACAAGUAGCCUUCUUUGACAGGAUCUUCAAGCUGGAGAAGGGAAAGGAAAGGAGUAAAGCGCAAAUUGAUACCCAGGAGGAAAGGCAGACUCCAGACCUUCCUGACGGGCACAUCACAGUGAAAGAGGCUGCUGGAUUACAGAGCACAUCAAACAGUGUCCCACAGGGGAAGGAGAUAGAUGCCUGCAACCAAAAAGACCUACAGCAGGACUCUGCAGGUGUCAACAGCCUCACUGCUGAGCAACCUCAAACAGCAGAGGGAAAACAAGAAAGCCCUCAAACAGCUGCUGCAGUAGAUAACUCCAUCAUGAGUUUCCUUAAAACACUGGUCUCCCCAAGCAAAGCUGAAGCCAAAAGUGAUUCUGAAGACAAGGGAUCGAAAGCGGAAAAAGGCCAUGGUGGGCAACCUGCUCCGAAGACAGCACCUGAAUCCCACACUAAAGGAGCCAAGAAAAAGAAGGCAGAGAGUCCCAAGCUAGGACACAGUACAUUUAGUAAACUCUUUAGGCAUAAGGCUGCAAAAGAGACCCAACAGACAACUAAUACCAAAAGCAUUGAACAGCAGCCUGUUACCUCUGUAAAAUCAGACAAAAAUGUCCCUCCCUCGCAAGAGCCACAGGCAACUAAGCAGAGUACAAAAGCCCCCGAGGCUGCAGCCCAACAGCAAGCAGUGGCCAGCGAUGCCCCUAAAGAGGUGACGAAGGAGAGAUCAUCAUCUGCUCCCAUGCCUCUGAGCAAGCUCUUCUGGAAAAAGAACACAUCGGAAGACGCUGAGAUGGUAAGCAAUGAGAAAGCAGAGAUGUCUCCAGAAGCAGCGGCUCCUGACAAGGACGACAGUAAGAACCCAGAAGCCGCAGAAGUGAAACCCAGAAGAGAAGAAAGUAAAACCCCCAAAGCAAACCUGAGGAAGUUUUUCAAACUGACAUUAAACUCCACAGAGAGGCCAGUUGCCCCAGCUGAAAGUGAACCUGUGGGCCAAAAGAGCAAAGAGAGUUCAAAAGACAAGAAGUCUACAGUGGAGCUGAGCAAGCAGAAAGGCAGCAAACAGGAAACCAGGGAGCAGCCAGACUCCAGGGAGCAGCAAGCAGCCGAAACCGACUCCAUCCAGAACGGAGGAGACGCUUCAAAGGAACCCUCCUUCAAGAAGACAGAGAAGAGGCAGUCACUUGGAGGGUUUUUUAAGGGCCUUGGUUCUAAAAGGACGUCUGAUGCAGAAGUGCAAACAGAUCCAGUGUCUAUCCUACCUGCUGGGAAAUCUAAGUAAUGAAUAUGCUUGGCUGCUGAAGGAUCAGCAGCUCUCUGAGAGCAACCUUGCAGUAGGGAUGACUCAUUAUUUUCCUUCACAUGGCUGUCAUCAAGUGCCUGAGGCUAAAGCAAACAUUGGUGUAUCAUUUAAGGUAUAUCAUUUACAGGAUUUGUUCAUUAGAUGUUAGAAAGCAACUCUAAAGGUC